AUGGAGAAAGUGGUUCUAGCCCAAGCGGAUUCGGUUGAUUGGGUUUAUAGAGGUGAAGGAGCUGCUAAUCUUGUUCUCGCAUACACUGGAUCAUCUUCCGCGUUUAUGGGGAAAGUGAUGAGAAUACAGAAGUCACAACGUAAAGGCAAGAGUAGAGUUCACGAAAACGAAGGUUUAACAGCACAUGAGCAGCUUCUUUGGCGAGAAUAUAAGGAAUUAUUGGUGUGGCCAAACCGAGAGAUUGUACAGCAGCUUUACGUCAAGCAUGUAAUGAGCCCAUUGCUAGGCCCACUACAUGUCGAUGCCGGGAUGCGUGUUCAUGUGACUAAGGAAUUCCUCCUGUCUGUUGAGAAGAAUGUGACUUGCCGCCGGCCUGCUUGUCGAAUUGAUUCAUCACAGGUUGAUGUGAAUCGUGAUUCUGUUCUAAUAAUUUCGGAUCAUUCAGUCUUUAUGAAUGGUACUCUUAAAGGUGGACCAUGUAUAACAGUUGAGAUAAAGCCCAAAUGUGGAUUUCUCCCAGUCUCAAGAUUCAUAUCUGAAGAAAAUGUUGUUAAAAGAACUACAACUCGAUUUAAAAUGCACCAAGAACUGAAGUUGCAUAAUCAAGAGAUAUCAGAAUACAGUGAAUAUAACCCACUGGAUUUAUUUUCUAGAUCCCCAUGCAGGAUAUGUAAAGCUAUUGAAGCUCUAUAUGCCACCCCGCAGAACAAUUUCCGUGUAUUCUUGAAUGGCUCGAUUGUAUUCGGGGGAUUGGGUGGAGGUGCAGGCAACACUACUGUCCUGGUUGGCGAGGCCUUUGAAGAUGCACUUAAGGAUGUCAUUAAGGCAGAUGAUGGCCUGUGCAAAACUAGCUUUAUACAGCUUGUUGCUGAGACUGUUUACACUUCUGGAGUACUAGAUCAACUUCUUGAAGUGCAGAAGCUCGAUGCUUAUGAUAUUGAAGGGGCAAUUCAUGCUUAUUAUAACAUAAUUUCUCAACCUUGUAUGGCUUGUAGAGAAUUGAGUAAAGACAAAUUAUCAAACCGCUAUCCUUCUUUGCACUCCAUUACUUUGGAUGAAAGUUUAAAGAUUGUGAAGGACUAUCUGAUAGCUGCAACUGUAAAGGACUGUAGUAUGAUGAUUAGUUUUAGACCAAUGGAAGACGGAGAUGUGCUAUCAGAAUCUUCUCACAAUACUGUAUAUCUAGGAUCAACUAAGCAAGUUUUUGAGUACAAGGUGUUUUUCAUUGAUCUGGAUUUGAAACCUUUGACGAAAAUGGAGGACUAUUACAAGUUAGAUAAGAAGAUUGUUAACUGCUAUUGUCUGAGGACAAAAACUGAGCAUAAAGCAGAGAAAGCUGCUAGAAGGGACACAUAUGAAGAAGUAUUGAGAUAAACGAUGUUCCUUAAAAGAAAGUUUGUUUACCGAAGAUUGUACUGGAGUGCUGGUUAACAUUCCUUUGCCCGUGGGAGCUUUACAGUAGAAGAAAAAGAGAAAAUGACAGACUGCAAGGUUUGGGCUAACAGGGAAAUGAUGUAUCAACCGUCAACUACUCACCACCGUUAAAAUCAUGAGGCCUAACAGCCAAUUAAUUCAUACAGCUUGAUAUUAAAAUUGCUGUUUUUAGUGAAGCUUUGAUGGGUUUCGUGGUGGUGAAAGUUGAAGUUAUUGGCAGACUUAUCUUAAAUGCACUCUUUGAAACUAAUCAAAGCAGAUAUUUUUUUAUU